UUUUAACUCCGCAUAUGAUAUGUACGCUACGUACAUAUAUACCGUUUAACGUACAUUGUGUACACAAUAAAAAUAUAAAAUCGUAAUAUUAUGAUUUCAUUUUUUUUUUUAUACGAUUAGUAUUAAUCGUAUUUUUAACCACGUUACGGAUACGCAGGAGUUAUGGAUAAAAUCCAGUGUGCCCUUAAGGAUGCUGAACCCAAAAAUAAAGAAGAACCAGAAAAUAAUCUGAUUAGAAAGGGAGAAAUAAUCGAUAAAUGCACGGAACUUAAUCACGACAAAUUAGUAAAACUAACUAAAGAUACAAUUCAUAAUGUGAUUGAGAACGAUCCGUUGCUUUCUGGUCUGCCGGCGGAUGUCACUAUCGAGGAGCUCAAAGCUCAAAUCGCAGUUGCCCAAGGACAAGCGAUUACUUUGUAUCUGAAUCGUGGUGAAUUACCAAAACUUGGAAUUGUGGUACCUCCUCAUAAUACUACAGUCUUGGAUCUCAAGAAAGCCAUAAAACGUCAUACAAAUUUAUCUUUGAAGAGAGAGAAAGUUAAGAAAAAAAUAAGCUGGAGACAUGUUUGGAAAAAGUACCAUCUAUGUUUUGGUACUGUUAGAUUGAUAAAUGACAAUGAAAAUAUAAAAGCUUAUGGAAUCACAAACAAAGCGGAAUUAUAUUAUGUAAAACGACGCAGAGAAAAAAAUAAACUGAUGAAACACUCUUAGUUAUAUGAUAUAAUA